AUGAUAUUGAGCAUGAUUUGGGCAUUGGUUCAUCGAUGCGCUUUUGUAAGUUUUUAUUGAUAGCAACUGUAAUAGUGAAAAAGUUACUGUUAGUUAUAGCGUAAGGUAGAUAAGAAAGUACAAAACGAAGCAUAGGGUAGGUAGGAUAGGUAAUAGAGUAUAGAGCAUAGUUUAAAGCCAGAUACCAAGAAAGAUGUAAGAUAAGCUAUACUGUGAGCCUAAAUAUAAUGUAUACGAAAAAUGGGUACGGUAAAAAUAUGUAUGAUAGAGUAGAGGAAAGUAGAGUAAGAAAGAGUGCGGCAGGGUAAAAUCGGGUAAGACAAAGUAAGAUAUCAUAGGAUAAAGUAGGGUACGGUAGGAUACUAUAGGGUGAUAUAGAAUACGGUAGGGUAAAAUAAGGUACCGUAGGGUAAAGUAGCGUAGGGUAGGGUAGGGCAGUGUAGGGUAGGGUAGGGUAGGGUAGGGUAGGGUAGGGUAGAGUAGGGUACAGUACAGUACAGUAGAGUUUGGUACAGUACGUUAAGACAUCUUAAAGUACGGUAGAGUAAAGCACGUUUAUAACUUUGAUUUUUAAAAAAUAUUUUAGGCUAACCACCAUUGGCUACGUGACUUAUUCGAGAAUUCUUACAAAAUCUACAUUUAUAUUUUACUCUUCCACAUUGUACUCACAAUAUUUUUACUAUUCAUAUUCUACUACGUCAUCAUAACCGACCCAACCGAGCUUCGCAAAGAGUUUCUUCUUCGAGUGCCAAACUUGGCUCAACUAGCCGAUACGAAGUAUUAUGUUUGUCUAAAGUACAGUAAUUGGAUUCGAAUGAAUGGUGUGGCAGUAAUCUUCCUCAACAUCCUCAUCUUUGGUGGUACUAUGUACAUGUACUUGUCAUUGUACGUCGUACUGCGCCGGAACGAAAAAUUUUUACAUACUAGAACGGCCAAGAUGCAGUACAUACUAUUCAAUGCUGUUUCGUUUCAAAUACUCAACUAUUACCUAAUGGCUCUACUGCCAAUGUCAUUAAGUGCCCUAAGCUUCUCGCUAGCCUGGAGCUACAGCGAAGAAGUGGCAACAAUAACUGAAGCUCUAAUGGCUUUACAUGGUAUUAUCGACUACUUUUGUAUUGUCUACUUUAUCACACCGUACCGACGGGCUGUGCUGAACUGGUGCUUCAGAGGGCGGUACUCGGAUAGUACUAUUGGGUGUUCAGUUAGAAGAAAAUCUGAAUUCAAGUCGAAUAUCACACGACUUUAUAAUGAAAGCCCGAGUGUCAGUCCGUUAAGUCAUCAAAUAUUUGAGUUGCCCGAACGACACAAAAAACAUCGCCAAUCAAUGUUGUUAAGCAUGCUUUUCCGAAAAUCGUUGUAUUAA